GUAAAGGAUGGUGAGAAGUUCAGGGGGAAGCAAUGGAAACUGAUUCAAUCAGAAGACAAAAGCUCUGUUUCAUGUUAGGACCAGUGACACGGCUGGUGUGUAGUUGCCAUGAAACAAACCUUAUUGGUAUCCAGUUAACAGUAUCCACAUCUGCAUACUGAUCACUUUGUGGCUGAUGGUAAAGGAACAAAAAUUUAGCCUUCCUCAGAGCCAUAGCACAGUGUCUGUAUACUUCUGGAGGCAGGCAAAGCUAAUACAGGAUGCAACCUACUAUAUUAAACCAGCUCUUUCCAUAAGACAGAGGGACUUACUCAUCAAUGGCAGGUGAUAUCACAUAUGCAGACGUGGCAAUGCUACCGAGGGAAAGACCACACAUUCCUUCUCAGACAUCAGUUCCAGGAAACAUGAUCACAUAUGCUGAACUGCGUGUGAAGACGAAACCCAAAAGGAGCAGCAGAUCAGAGACUUCCGCUUCUGGCUGGCGACACAGGCGCUCAGCCUGGUUCUACAUGGCACUGGUCCUGGGAGCCCUUGUGCUUGUCCUGCUAGGUGUCAUAGCUGUACUAGCCAAGCAAUUUUUGAAGUGCAGAGCAAGCAAAUCAGAAAGUUUGUCCCAUAUUGGUGUAAAUAGCACUGGCAAUCACACCUCCUCAGAGAAGACUGUCUUGGCAGUGCUCCUGAAAUGGCUCAUGGAGGAACUGUGUGAAGAUGGACAGGGAAGAACAUGCGAGCUGUGUCCUCCUGGGUGGCAACUGCACAGGAGCAGAUGUUACUACUUCUCUGAGGAGGCUGUAAGCUGGGAUGAUAGCCAGAAAAACUGUCUGGCCAGGAAAUCCCAGCUUCUUGUUAUUGAAGAUGAAAUUGAAAUGGAAUUCAUAGACAAUAAAGAGAAAGAUACCAAAUAUAUCUGGAUUGGCUUGAAGAUUCCAGAAAUGAAGAAACAAUGGAGUUCAGUUGAAGAUCCUGGAGUAAAAGAAAACAGGAAAGCCAUAAAGAGAAUUGAGACUGACAAGAAUUGUGCUGUUUACAGAAGAAAAAACAUGAUCCAAGUAGAUAACUGCCAGACUUUAAAGAAGUGGAUCUGUAAGAAGAAUGCAACUUUGUUGGUGCUUUGAGCCAAAUCAUAGAAUCACAGAAUAAUUUGGGCUGGAAAGGACCUUAAAAUCAUCUAGUUCCAACCCCCAAUCAUCAGCCAACAGGCAGAGCUUUCUCUCAGAAGACCCAUUUUACUGAUAAAACAACAUGUGAUGUAAAUAAUUUUAAGAGAUUUCCACAGAAAUCUGUAUUUUGCUGUUCUGUGAUCCCUAAGACUUUUGUUUGGAUGCAAACAGGGAACUCAGAAGCUGCCAGGUGCCUGUGUGAAGGUCAUGCAACAGGACUGCACAUCAGCAUGUCUGGAUUUGGGGGUGCUGAGCCUUCUCACAGACAGUCACUGGCAGCAGUUGCCUCUGGGAAAAGGCAAGGGAGAAGAGGUACUCAUGUGAAGAUGAGCACUGUGCACCUGAACUGUGUGAUGUGCAAGAAAUUAGAAGCUGAAUUCUUACUAAUUUCCUAGAAUUUAUGCAAUAAUUUCAGGGCCAGUCAAUGGGAGAUUCUAAAUUUCCAGAGUUUUACUAUAAUUUCAUGUACUUUUUACCUUAACCAUAUGGGGUUAGUUGUGUUUGGAGGAAACAGAGCAAAACAAAAUCUAGCAUUAAAAUCCAAGGUGCAACUCUACCACAACUGCA